AUGCGGCUAACGAUCAUCCGCGCUGAGGCACUUGCUUCUGCUGACUUGAGCGGCAAGAGUGAUCCAUUUGUGCGUGUAUUUUACGACGGAAAAGAAGUGGCGUUUUCACAUCGCGUCAAGAGAUCACUCAGUCCACGCUGGGAUUUUAACGUGACCAUCACUCUCGUUCAUGCCGGUCCCUUAGACGUUGAGCUUGAAGUAUUUGACAAGGACGAACUAUCUCAAAGUGAUUUAUUAGGUGCUUUACGUGUUCCUUUUCCCGAGUGGCGGGAGAUUGUAAAUGAGUAUCAGAAGCGACAACAGACAGAGAGAAAAGAUCUAUCGAGUAAUAAUGGACGAUCGAUAGACUCGAAUGGUGUUAAUGGACGUCCAUUACACGCGUCUAAUACUGUGGAAUUGGGCGAUUUUAAUUUGCGGGAUUAUGAAAAUGUUGAUAACUUAUUGAAGAAGAGAGAUCCAAAUGCUACAGAUUUACAGCGACGUUCUCGGUCUCUCGAUUCAAGUGGACGUUAUUUUCAAUUAGAGACAAAAAAUCGUGCAUUUGUGAUAUCAGGAAAACUUGAGGUGAAGGAAGAAAUGGACAUUAAACCAGUGUUUAUUUGGUGUAAAUUAGUCAAAGGAUCAGGAGCACAAGGACGUAUUCUAUGUAGUGUACAGUAUGAAGAGAGGGACCUCAAAUACCUGGUGAACCAUCCCUAUGGCACAAGUAUUCAAGAGGUUUUCCUACCACAAAACCCGAGAUUUGAACAGGCCUAUUGUCAUUUACCACGAAGUUGGCAUCCGGAUAUAGCAGAUUGCCUCUUUCCAUGGCAUGAGAAACUUCUGCAUAUGGUAGAGGAAGUGACUGUGACGUUCCAUGUAAAUGAAUCGAAUCAGGGCGUGCUUGCGACAUUGGUGCUGACUAAUUAUCGCAUUUGGUUUGUACCUUAUCGCAGAGUACGAGGUUUACUUCAUGAGGAUGUUCAUACUUUGCCGGUCAGCAAGAUUUUGAAAGCGUCCAUUCAACAGCAAAAACGCAGCAACAAUAACGUGAUCACGGUACUUAUUUUAGAUAAUAUGGAUGCUGGACAUUAUCACGUGACACUUUCGCCGAUUUCUCGGUUACGGGAUUCAGUACGGGAUUUUUCUCGUGAAGCAGAACUCAAACGCGUCAAAAUGCUACACAAUAUCGUACGCGAGAUUGACUGGCUACGCAUUGAAAAUAGUUUCUGCUCCCCAACAGACCGCAAUCAUACAGUAGCUACUGUAGAUGAAAUGCAGCUUGAGGGCGAUUUGCUUCAUUACGCGCCCAAGCACAGCAGUUUAUCGAUGCCACCACCAAUGACACGAGCACUUGCAACAAAUAUUAGCAAGUUUCAGAAGUGUACGUUUACGAAAGAAAGCAUCGGUGAAUUGAUUCUUAACGGAAGUGAUGGUUUAAUGGAACGCCCCAAGUUUGCACACCAACAGAGUGAGUCGGCUGCUUAUCCUCAGCUGACACAUGCGAUGUCGAUGAGAAAACCUCCACAACCUUUUCAGCUCGCAGCGAGGAGACGCAUUCGAUACGACCCGGAUACUGAGUUUACCCGACAAGGCGCCAUGAGCCAUCCUCGCUGGCGCAAGUGCAUGCUCAACGAAGGUUACCAGUUGUGUCCUACGUAUCCGUCGUUCCUCAUGGUCCCCGAGUGCUUGAGUGAUGAAAUCAUCAAGGGUGCAGCCGGUUUUCGCAGCAAAAGCCGUUUUCCAGCUCUCACCUGGAUCCAUCCUCGCACAGGAGCGCCAUUAUGUCGUAGCAGCCAGCCCAAUACGGGUAUGUUGCGUAGCACAAACCCGGAGGACAAGAAACUAAUUUGGGCUAUCCGAGAUGCGGCUAUUCCGGCAGAUCAAGCUACGAAAUCUAUAAACGUGGUCCCCAAGAAGAAUAGCGUCUUGCACAUAGUUGACGCACGACCUGAGAUUAAUGCGAAAGGCAAUGCUCUUGCUGGAAAAGGCUACGAGUCUGUGAAGCAGUACGAUCGAGAUGGGAUACCGAUGGCUGCAAUCACGUUCAUGGGGAUUGAUAACAUUCAUGUAGUGCGCAGCUCACUCACUGGUCUGGCGCAGGCAUUGUACGAGGUAGAGGACUCGAAUUUCUUUGGUGCUGUGCAAAAGAGCCGCUGGUUGGAGCAUAUUUGCAGCAUUCUUCAGGGAGCAACUGAAGUGGCUACGCAUCUCGAGCGUGGUGAUGCGGUUCUAGUGCACUGCAGUGAUGGAUGGGACCGCACGGCACAGCUCUCUGCUCUGGCGCAGAUAAUGUUGGACCCGUAUUACAGGACGCUUGAAGGCUUUGCACAACUCUGCGAAAAGGAUUGGUGCUCCUAUGGCCAUAAUUUCCAGCGCCGCUGUUCGCAUCCUACGUCAGACCAAACGUCUCCAAUCUUCUUACAGUUCAUCGAUGCCGUGUAUCAACUUACGCUUCAGUUUCCGACACAUUUCCAGUUCAAUGAAUUGCUUCUCUCUUCCGUUGCUGAAGCUGUCUACUCAUCGUGGUAUGGCACUUUCCAAAAAAACUCUGAAUGUGAGCGGCGCCACUUCUUGUCGACUGUUGCGAGUGUAAGCGUGUGGGAUGUUAUUCGUGCCACCACGGACCAAUUUUUAAACCCCUUAUUUGCAGGUAGGGAGGCACAUGCAUCGAUGGGGAGCGGGUCGCAUAUGGAGCCGAUGCUACCUGUGUGCCGUGUGCGCGUCAUGCAACUCUGGGUCAGCCAGUAUCAGAAGGCAAUCGGUCACAUGCGCCUACAACAGCGAGAGUUCGAAAUGUUACAGCUUAUUCGACAGCAAGAAGCCGAUCUUUCGCGUCUACACGCUGCGUUAACCAGCGAUCAGCAACUUGAGCUUCGUGCAGGACAGCUUCGAUCUGACAUUGCAAAACUAUCACGAAGUAUGAAUUUGAAGUAUCCCGACGACCCGACUACAUCAUCAAAAGAAAUGGAGAGGAAGAGAUUUAUGUCUGGCGGGGAAACACUCUGUAGCUUUGGAAAGCGUCCUGCCGCAGCCUCUCUCGAUUUCCAUGAUCUGGCUAGUAUUGUAGCGAUGGGUACUGCAGGAGCAGCAGGGCGUGCGACGGUAUCAUCUCAGUCUCCUUCUCGAGAGCACAUGACUAUGGCGCAAAUGUUACAACGCGCAAAUCUUGAGGCCUCCUCAGGUUCUACUUUGUCUGGAGCAGCAAAUGCACCAUCGCAACGGCACAAUGUGCCCAACUCACGACGACGCAAGUCCAUUACAAGCCGUUCACGGAGUAAUAGCCUCAAAAAUACUCUUUUCAGUGUGGUCGCACAGAUGAAGGGUGGGUCUCAUGAUAAGGAUAUCGAUGACACAAUGGAAGUAGGUUCUGCAACGCUGCCCAACCCAAUCCGUGUAAGCGAUGCUCGGCGUAAUCAACAUUUUAGCUCGCCGUCACGCCGAGAGGAGCUGAAACGUGAUCUCGGCCAUCUCGAGUCCCAGCGUUCUAAGCUGCAUCACCAGGUCGCGAUCAAAGAGAACGCUGCUAAGCAGACAAUGCGGCGGUUUCGCUGCUACAACUACAAUCUUCCAGAAACGGCGCUGCGCAACGAGAGUGACCGAUUGUCUCCCAGCAGUGGUAGGAAGGUUCGAGUCGGUGGAUCAAACGGAACGGGCAAGUCACACCAUUCCCCUAGGACGUCGUCGCCACCAUCUUCCUGCUCUUCACUAGGCUCGAGUUCAACAUCUAUCUCAGCCGAAGGCGGUGGUGAGUUGGCUGACACGAGCUCAUUAGACGGAGAUUCUCGCAAUUUUACACCUGGAAGUUCACCAUUACUGGGAGCAGACAAAGUGAUCUCGGGAGGAAACUACUUGAAUUCGCAGCCCGUGUGGGAGCGCGAUGAAGAUGCUGCAUGUACCAGUCAUCGAAUGAGUCUUCCCGAUUUUGGAUACUACGAUGUCGUACGUGUGUGCAAGGUUUGCUACAACUCGGGCGAAGAUGGAUAA